CAGGCAUGCUUUAGAGUAAGUCAGAGUGGGAGUGAAAGAGCACCAGACAGCAGGGUGGAGAGAGAGGGUGAGUGUAUGUGUUGCCAGAGAGAGAGAGGAGAGCAGCUAGAGAGCUCGGGGGAGACUAUAGAGUGGGAGUGAUAGAGUGCUAGAUAAUGGAGGUGCAGUCUGAGUGUGCAGAGCCUCCUGCGGCCCCUCAGUGUGACCCGCAGCCCACAGGGAAGAUCAACAAAGCUGCCUUCAAACUCUUCGGAAAGCGACGCACCGGCUCUGGAAUGGCCAGCUUCUUCUCCUUCAGGAACAAAGGGGCCACGAACAGCGGGAACAACGGGAAUUCUGACAAUGGGAAUUCCCUGAAUGGAAACGGCUCCACAGCAGCGCCGGAGCUCGUUAGGAGCAAAACCCACGAUGGACUAACGAGCUCCAACAGCGACACCGAUGGACAGAGAGGGGCCGGGCCUGCCGGCCUGGAGGCAGUGCCGGUGAGGUCUCUCAGCAAAUCACUGAGUUUCUUCUCUCUACUCCGACGUGGGAGUUUUAGGUCAAGUGAAAAUGGGGGGUCUGGACUUGUCAGGAGAGGGAGGGGCCUAAAGGGCUUUUUUAGCAGCAUGCGAUGGAGACGCAGGGACAAAACAAACGAGGCAGACGGGGAAGUGCUGGAAGGUAACAAGGAGAAGGACGGCUAUAGCACAGACUCUGAAAAGGUAAAAGAUAUUACCCUCACCCUUGAACCGCCUCCGCAUCAUCACCAAGAGGAUUGUGAGAAUGCAGAGGCAGAACAUAACCUCCAAGCAACAGAGACUGCCAUUACCAGUGUUACCAUGACACCCCCACACUGUGUUGCCAUGACAGGGCCAUCUGUUGAACCAGACUCCUCCUUUCCGUACACACCCACUGACUCACCACUGCGCCCUACCGUUCAAAAAACCAAAGUCUCAGUUUCCAGCCUCACCCCCUCCCUGGCUACGCCUCCGUUGGAUCGUUGCAGCACAGGUGACCCACCCUCGGAACCUUCGGUGGACCGACUCUGCUCCCUCCUCUUCACUGACGUUACAUCCCUGAAGAGCUUUGAUUCACUGACGGGCUGUGGGGACAUUAUUGCAGACGCAGAUGACGAAGGGCCAGCAGGUAACGGGGGCAGUGGCACGAGCAGCAGCAGUAGUGGUGGGGGGGGCGGGGCUGUGGGAGCAGGUGUUGGGAGAGCUGUUGCUCUCACCAGUGCUGCAUCCCGUGGAUCCCCGUCCAAACCGCCUCUCCCCUCCCAGCUUCUGACCCAGCCCAUGUUCUCUGUCCCCUCCAGCUCAGUGCCUGCCUCCCUGCCAGCCCGGGCUCGGGCACCACCUCCACCGCAGCAGCACCCAGCUGGCAGUGGGGUGGUGGCUUACAUGGGUGGAGGGGAGGAAAUGGCGAGUCCAGAAGGAGUGGACGAUGCAGACAUGCAAGGUCUCUGGCACAUGCUGCCCUCCACAGGGGACAACUCUCCUGCUUUGCCCCGAUCGCACCAAACUCCCUCCACCACCCCAACUUCCACUUGUCCACCUCGCACCAACCCCUCAAGCAGCCACCUUCCCCUAGCGCCCAGGAGUUCAGACCGGAAAGUACCCCAGGUGAAGGCAUUGGGGCUCAGUAAGAUUCCAGUAGUUGGUGCAGCAGGAAGUCGUGCAGCUAAGCCUCCCCUCCCUCACACAUAUGGCCGCCAUCCAACAUCACCUGGGGAAAAAGAGCCGCUCAGCGACGAGGGCUACUGGGACACACCCACAGCAACACCUACGGCGACUCCUGAUGAGAGUGGGCUGCAGCGUGACCAGAGGCUGGCUCUAUCACGCGACAGUUACUCCGGAGACCAACUGUAUGACCUUUACAAUGACCCUGAUGAGCAAGGAGAUGAUGAAGAAGAGGAAGGAGAUGAUGAUCUAAACAGCACCCCCUCUCCCUCUACUGAAUACAAACUGAGCCCCACAACUCCUCCGUCUUCCUCCUCCUCUUCUUCAUUCCGAUCAAUGAAAGGCAGCGCCAGCCUUCCACGGGAAUCCAAGAUCCCGGUGAGCAGCAAACCAACAUCACCUCCCUACUCUGUAAGCCAGUCAGCCCUGUCAUCCGUCCUGGAGGCAGAAUCCCUUCCACCAAAGACCGAAGCGCCUCCCCCGGCUCGCACCAGAAUCCCCGUAUCCAAGGUGCCUGUCCGUCGUUCUGGAAACAAGCCUGGCAGCAGAAAGAAGUAGUUUCUGUCAGACUGGUGGUUCUCUCCCACUAACGUCCGGACUUGAGUGUACAUUUCUAACGUACUGUUUAUGCAGAGGUAAAAGUUUUUCCCAGAGCCAGAAAAAUGUUGAGCUGUAGAGUUAACAGCCUAGAAAUCCCUCUGAAAUCCCAAAAGCACUCACUCCUGAAGUGUUUUGGCUAGAAUAAGUGGUUUUGUUCACUUGAGAAAGUCACAAGGAGACUCCAAAAGGCUGGGUUAACACUCCAUGGCCCUCACAGGAACUUUGGAAGUUGACUCUUGACAAUCCAUGGACUUGCAAUAGACACAUUUGCCUUGUAACUUCCUGGAAAAAAACGGACCCUCCGACACUUUGAUUCAGCUCAUGACUGCACACUGCGAAAAAAGACAAAAAGAAAAAUAAGCAGAGCACCUUUUUUAUCUUUUAUGUUUUUUCUUUUGGAAUUCCACGAGGCAUAACUCAACUUGCUCGUAAGGACCUAAUCUAAUCAACGUUUUAUGUCAUUUCUUUUCUUUUGAAAUUGUUAUUUUGUCCAACAUGUUACCAUUUACCUCCUAAUCCUUUGAUUAUAGAGCCAAAGUUAAAAAAGGAAAAACGAAGAAAAAAGACAACAACAAACCAGACUUCAUUCCACCUUCUCUAAUAGUCUGGAACCGAGCCUGGGAUGACCCACUAUUUUUCUUUUGCUGUUUUAUUUGUAGUUUUUGCUUUUCGACGAGGUUUUUUCUUCUGACCGCCCUGUUCAUUAAACUAUAUGUGCAUAAAUUAAUUCUGAGAUCUGAACUGGUUUUACAACUUACCUACAGCUACCCUCGCAGCUACAAUACAGCAAAGCUUCCCUGCAGAAGGUCACACAAUGUCUUUUGCUUUUCUUUCUUUUUCUGCUGUGGAAGUUUGGAUUCAGCCUGUUACAUUUGGAUUUCGCUGAUACCCCGCUGAGCUGGAAGUAUCUCAUGUCAAUCUCUGGGAUUUACAACUGUUGAGCAACCGAUGAAAACCUGAACAACUAUCGCAAUAUUCUACCCUGGAGGGAUCCCUUGCACUGACUUGUACACACACACACACACACAAACAUUUGACUUCUCCCUCUCUGCAUGCAGUGCCGCACACACUAGGCACAAAUAUCAGGAACAUCAUCUAACACUGAAAGAUCUUGGACACACACAUACACACACACACACACACACACACACACACUAUUCAGUCUUUGGCUCUGUCUUUGUAGCUACACUGGAUGACUUUCUUCUCUAAAGACACAAACAGCCAAUUUCUUCUAGUGAAUGCUUUCUUCUUCACUGGAUUUCAUACUGUUUUUAUAGCUCCUCCCCUUUGCUGAGUCAUAAUGCACGGAUCUUAAACUGUGAUUGCACCAGCUUCUUAAUGCUCUUCUCUCUGCUGGUAACAUUUUGGGGACUGAUGCUGAAUCAGAGCAGAGCCCCCCACGCUCAUUCUAGGAACUGCCACAGCUGUGUUUGAAUCUGAAUGUAGCUUGACAUCUCCAUAGGUCAUUGGUCAGCAUAUGUGUUCCUGUGUUGGUCUGUUUUCCUCUUUGUCCCUCCUUUGUGGGGGCAAGACAAAUUGUGGAAAUGACUGUUUUCCAAGUCCCCCGUGGUCUGAAAAAAUGGAGACACACUACUGCACAGUGUGUGCAGCCCUGAAAAGCACCACUUGUAUAAAGAAGGAGUCUUUGUCAGUGAUCCAGUGGGGCAAGUUACAGGGAGCAGAGUUGUCUCCAUCCUUAAGAGAAAGAGAGGAGGUUGUUUUGUUUUUGUAUUGAAAAAGACAUUUGAGACCAUGUAAGUUUUCUCUCGUCCUAACCACAAAGGUUCCAAUGACCUUUGUGGGUCAUUCUAGUCCAUGAUAGCUUUCCAUCUCAUUUAGAAUGUGGCGAUUGAUCCACAACACCGUCAAGGUUCAGAUAUCAUUUCAGCCUCCGUGGAACAGGCCAUGGAGUAACCCGACCCCAGGUCUGCAGUAAGAGUAUUCCUCAUCACAUUUUGAAAAGGGGGUGGAGUAAAGGUCACUUGGGGAGCCCAGGACGAUCAUGUCCGUUCUGCGCUCAGCAAGUAUUGUUGGGUAAAAGCUGCAUUGAUGCUUGUGGACUGCUGACCAAAACAUUUGUAAAAAGAGUGGUACAAAAAUCUAAAAUUGUAUCGCUAUGAAUGCGUAAACACACUUUAACCAAUCAAAUGAUAGCAAUGCUUAGAGAAUACCAAGACAGAGUAGGGGAACCAUAAACCAAACAAGAAUAUUCUAUUUUGCAUUAUCUAUUAACAGGUUUUGUUGUUCAAAUAUAUUGUCUUCUUUGGUUAUUGUCUUUCUGUCCCACGUGCCACAGUGUGUCAGUUGAACACAGUACAACACACAAUAUGACAUUGUGAAAGUUGAACUUUUGAGCGCUGUGAUCUGUUGCACCAGCACUGCACAGUGAUGACGUCAACCCCCGGUGAGGAGUUGAUACUUCUCUGUUCUCUCCCUGAUUACAAAUCCGGGCCUUCAUGUGAUCAUCUCAUUUGAAACCAUGUUAUGUUUUUUUGUUUGUUUUUUGUUAACUGUCUUUUCACAGAGUGAAAUCCUUCCACUUUUUCAUAUUUAAUGAAUAAAAAUGUUCUUUGCGCUGAUA